AUGAAGCUUACAGUUUUUGGUCUGGCCACAGCUGUUAUGCAGUACAGCGAAAGAGCGGCGGCCAGCGGACCGGAGGACCCCGGGGCAAACCCGCCGCCCAGGUGCACGGGUCCAGGGGCUCCACGGCCGCGGGUGUCAGGACCUAAUAUACCAGGCCGAAUCCUUCGGCCUGACCAGGUGGCGAGUCUUCUAGAUCGCGGUAGCCAGGUCCGGGAGGCGGCAGGACUCGCUGUGCCUCUGGACCUACGCUCGGCUCCGGGGCCCGAUGCCUGCAAAGCGUCCAUUUUGGAAAGAUGUUUCACUUGCAGGGAGGGCAAGUGUGUACAGAAUGAUGGUCAGUGUGUCCGAGACGUGAAUGCCAACCAAGACUGCGUCCGUUGGUGGCGUGUGUGCGGGCCCUUCGUGAGGGUGCUUCUGGCAGUCACAGUCCGCGAGUUAGCGAGGAGACGGCUGGGAGGCGGCGAGACCCCGCUCACCCGAGGGCCGCGCAUUUCUAACACCUUAAGUAGGACACCUGGUAGCCUUCGGGCCUGCAGAGCCCCUUGUGUUCCGUUGGAGGGCGCUGCAGGACGGGCUGUGGUGCGUCCGGGCUUUUGCCUCAGGCAGUCGGCAGCAGGUGAACUGUCCUGGACCGGCAGGCACAGGGCAUCUCCACAAACAGAGCUCCUCGGCGCAAGGCCGCUGUGCAAACGGUUUUCAGAGGGGUUGCCCUCGCCGAUGGAGGGGCAGGAAGGCGUGUGCGUGCGUGCGUGCGUGCGCGCGCGUGUGUGUCCGCGUGCGCGUUGGGGUGGAGCGGGCUUGUUGGAGGCUGCAAUGAGAGGUGGCUUGUUAUUCGGGGAGGGGGCACCGCAAAGGGCUUCACUCCCCCCGGGUGAGCCUUCUGGAGGUUGCUGUCCUGUUCAGAUCGCCAGUCUCAGUGGUACCACUGCUGGAGAGCCCGCUGGGGUCCGGGUCCGCCCACUGUGGGUCUGUCUGAUCUUUCCGUUAGCCCAGCCGGUCGUCUGCAUCUCCCCUGGACUCUCCCCUUUGGUUUGGAGGCGCUGUUUCAACGGCUGUCAGUCUCUCAAAGGAGAGCUGUCAGAGGCUCCCAGAAGUUCUCUCGCUUCCUGGCUCUCAGUCUUGGUCCUAUGCCAGGUCAGCCCUGGAGCUAGCAGUUCAGACUGGCCACACUCAGUGAGGAGGAAGCGUGCCUCCCACUGGCUGCAUUGGUGCAGGACUAUGUGCAGAUGAAGACCAGUGAGCUAGAGCAGGAGCAGGAGAUAGAGGACUCCAGCCCCAGAUCUAAGGAGUGUGGUCAUCUCAGCACUUGAAGAA